AUGCUGCGCCGGGCAGGUGGCCCCUGCACCCGAAGGGGCACCAAAACCAGCUCAUUCAACUGCAGGCGUUGGGUUACACGAUGGGGGGUCAUUCCCUUCGUAGCGCACCGCUGUUUGAUUUUUAAUGGGCUAUACGAGCCUUACUCACAACUUUCUUUUUAUCGAUGGAAUCAUACAACGACGGAGUAUAACCUUUCGAAUGAUGCGGCCACGGAGGAUGAUGAUACUUCUACCCUAGAAGAUUACGAAGAGCUUCUCCUUCAUUCCGAAGCUUCGGAGACAGCAAAAGAGGGUUUUCAGAGUUGUGGUCUGAACGAUGAUGAUACACAUCACAAAUGUCAGCAGAGCGACCUCUCUUCAUCGGCAAUGAGAUUAGUGAAUGAAAUUUUGGACCUACUUCCUGCGGAUGGAUCAGGGCUACGCCUCACCAGUAUUACACCGGCUUUAGAUGCCGAGGCGGUGAGUGAGCUUUACGGAUCUGUCCUUGCUUUUUUACAGUUGUUUCCCCACCGCUUCCGCUGCUGUCAAAUUGAGGAGUCUGAUGGGAGUCUUCGCUGGUUCGUGAGCCGAGCUCAGUCGGAAAGGAAAGCCUCGCUGCUUUUAUCGCAAGAAGAACCAAAGUAUGUUUGUGGUGACGAUAAGUGCGCGGCUAAGCCGACCGUGGGAUUAGUGAGAGUGAAACUACAUAGUGCUCAAGAGGCUCUUGUGGAGACGGCAAGACGUACCAUUCUUGAAGAGUUCCAGGAGUUUCUACCAGAGAAUGAGCCUGCUGCGACAGCUGGUCUCUUGCACACCCUGCCCACAGAGCUUCAAGAGUCAAUUCGGAGAUCAGGGGGAGGGUUGUUGCGACUUCUAAAGAAUCCAACCGCGCAGGAUUUUGUUGACCUUAGCAUGGAUACCACUCUUGUGGGAGUAAAAGGACUUCUUUCUUCGCGUGGUAUGCCGACAUACCAUCAGCAAAUAGUGCGCGCCACCGACCAAGACACAAUACCAAUUACACCUGCGCCAGAUUACGCUGAGGAUGUGUGGGAUGUCGAACUAGACCUCGACGACAACAAUAAUGACACAGUGCUCUCCAACGAGUGUAAUGACACUGGUGAUGCCGUGGAGCCGGACGAAGAUUUCUUCCGUGGUGACAGCAGCGCUACAGCAACUGUGUCCAGCGGUACGUCGCAGCUGCCGCGGACGGUGAUACCCCCAGCCCCUCCCAAGCCACCGGAGAGAUCGGAAAGGCGAAAAACGCCACCACCGCUGUCGCAGAAGAGCAAAGAAUAUCCUUCUUCUCAGGGAAGAAUAUCCCCUGAGGAUCUUCUAAAGGCACAUACAGAAGUUGCUUUACUGCGCGGACGACGAUCACCCAGUGAGAUGCUAGAUCUCUUUGUGGAGUGCGUUCCCUCCUUUUACGUACCAGUUCAUCAGGUGAAAGUGACGGAUGCGCUUGCACGUGUACUUGGACCGCAAAAUACAUUACACAAGGUUAUUAAGAUCUACUCGUACUACUUUGACAGGGACAAAUCGACUGAUACCGUGCGAUUAAAACCGACGCUGAUUCAUCCUCGUCUGGGUAUGGCUAAUGCUUUUUUUGAAGACGGAGGAAACAAAUCGUCCGCGUCUGAUGUAUCACGCCGUAAGCUUCAGGAAACCGAUCUGACGCGUGUGUUUCCCGUUCUUCAGGCACCUCUUCGCAUGAAAGUUGACUCUUUCACGACUAAGAAGAAGGAUCCCACUGGCAGAGGUUCUGUGGACGCUACCCCUGCGUGCGGUGCCCCUUCGUCCGAAACUUUCGCACUCCUUGAGGCGCUCUCACAUGACCAGUACGUGGAUAUAUCGCAGUGGGCGCAUACUGCUGGCGUCUCAGUUUCAUCACUUGAACCCUUUGCCCGAAACGCCAGCCAACACCACUACUUUCUAACAAGGCCGAAUCGCGGUGGGCAAGAGGAGACGCUAUUGUGGCGGCUGCGUCCGUACUGGUUGGCUCCUGGGUGCAUCGGUGAACUUGGUGCAGAUGAUUCUUGUGAAGCAGCUGCGGUCGCGCGGCAUUUGAAGCCCAUAUGGCUAUCAAUUAAUAGACUUCUUGAAAAGUUGUCACCGUCAGAGCACAAAGCUGUUUUGGAGGUCGCUCGCCAAUACGACGGUGUAGGGCCUUGGCUUCGACGGCACGGACGAUUUUGCUGGGUUGACAAAAAUGAGGAAAAAGCACGCAUGUACCGCGCUACCGCGGAGCUUGACGACCAUGUACACGUUGCGGUACUCUAUCUGCAGAAUUCUCUCCCUGUCGAGUACGUGAAACUAGAAGAUGUUGUUCAAAGUUGCACCACCUCCUCAAGACACCUCAAUAAAAACAAUAAUAACCAAGCCACUGGCAUUCGGAAUCUCCUUGCCCAUGGAUUGACAGUUUCAAACGGUCGUGACGUCUCUUCAGCGCAUCCCACGGUUGGUUUGAUGGAACAGGGAAAAAUGAUGCAAGAAGACGUUCAUCUCUUCCUAAGCCGGCAUAAACAACACUUAAAAGUCAAACAAGAUGGGGGGGUGCUGUGGGUGGCAAGACGAUCUAUGUUUUUUCGGUCAUCCUCUUAG